AUGCUGGAACCAAAUAUGGACGACAAGAUGUCACAAAAAUCAUCUGUUUUCCAUUCCGCUUAUUCAACAUUAAGUAGACCUACAACAGCGGCGGUGCUUAAAAUGCUUCAUAAAAUCAGGCCGCUUUAUUCAAGAAAAGAAUCCAAAAGGUCGUCGGCUACUGAUGUUCAGAAAGUGAUUGAGCGACUCACGAAACUCCAGAAAAAGGCUUCGGCGUCGCAUGCUAUAUUGAUUGAGAGUUUGAACAGUUGGGCAAGCGACUUCAACAAUGAUGAAACGGCGCUUGUGAUUCAGGAGUUUAUUACUUUGCUAGAUACUGUGGAUAUGGUUUUUGCCACGAGAACAGAAAACUACAGUAAGCUCAAGGUGCAGAUGGGAGCUAUAGCCAUUCGAGAGACACGGCAGAAUGAUCUUAUUUCGAAGCACGCCAAGUUGCAGAAGGCAAAGGAGGCAAACUCAAUGAAACUUGGACCCAAUGCCUCGAAAACCCUCUUGGUCAUCGACGAAAUAGAGGAGAACGAGUACAACUUGAAGUUAAUUGAACAACAGUUGCUCCGUACGACUUCAGCCAACAUGAGGGAAGCUUGUCGUGGUUUCAUACUGUGGCUCUUAGAGUGUAUUGACCAGCUUGGUAAGCAGGGAAACGCUUUCAAUGCUUUGUUUUGCGCCACCGACCCCAUUGUAACUGCUAGACGCAUUGGUCUCUCGCUUUCGCCUAGCAUUCUGAGACAACCGCCCAGUACUUUUGACACGCCAGAGGAUAGCGGCGGAAUCUCUCUCAUUGACGAGAGAAGAGCGGCCCUCGAGACUGGAAGAACCUCAGUAGGGAAGAAUUCCCAGAAGUCCUUCGAAUCGGAUAGGACAUCUCGUCGCCACGAUGACAGGUACGAAUCGUUGCUUAACAGACAUACCGAAAAAAGCCAACAAGAGGUCUCAAACGAAUACGACAUUCGGAAAUUCCAAAUGAACCACGAGGGCUGGAAGUAA